CAAGCUAGCUAUCACAUCCUUUGAGAAGCGAGGUGUUGGCUACAGGCACGUCGUUUGCGUCGUUGAUUAAUCGCGAGUCGCAGGAUAACCAUCACUCGAGACUCGCAUCCGUCAUGUUGGAAUCGCCGAACUCUCGAAUCCAGCGUCCACCGCGACGACUCACCGUCAAUGAGAAUCCAGUCAUCGAUGCUAAACCCGACACGAUGCGACGAGUUCAACGGCCAAUUGCGCCUCGGAAGCAGCAGCAUCGCCGGCACUAUUCGGUUCCCGAUAACGUGCUUAUGAACAUCGCCUCGGCUGCGCCAGAGGGAGGCGCGCACGACAACUUCAAGCUGUAUCAGCCGAGUCUUCUGAGGAAUACUGUGGAUGAUUUGAUGAAUGGGGGUGGAGACCGGCACAGACAGGCGACAGAUGCAAGCAUUGGCAACAGUUUCUACAUGCUGUCGCCUUCUGAAGCCACUCAAGGGCAGACCAAGUCCGCCGCGCAAAACCAAUUCCCCGAUUUCUUGCCCAGUCAUUCAGAUGAUGCAGCAAAGAUUAUUGACGAUCUUUUCUCCUUCGACACUUACGCUCAUGGCCCGAUGAUGCGACGUGGAUCUGCACCCCAGAACAGCCUGUUUGGCUCCGACGCGUUGAAGAACAACAAUUUGCAACGCGCCCAAACAUUUCCAAGGAACAACUCAUCGCUUCCCUCGCCUCCGCACAGCGCGUCGAUGCAGUGCCUUAGCACUUUCGACUUGGCGCCCUUGCCGCACAACAGCUUCAUCAAUCUGGCUACUCUGAGCAUCCCGCUCAAUAAUGACGUUGAAUCGUACUUUCCGCCGGGGUCCGCAUUGGCAUCGCCCACGUUCCCUGCAAUGCAGUCUCCCACUGAAUCCCGUCACGCGAGCAUGUUCGAGAACACCAUGUCGACCGUCAUCGAGGAGACAUUCGAGAGCGGCAUGAUCAAGGUCCCGCCCCUUCCCGAGCACUCCACUUUCGACAUCACAGAGAUGCCGCUCAAGCGACGCGAGCGUGGGGAAACCACGCCUCAACCUAUCGGCGCCAAGACUACCGGCAUAAGCAUGGAGGAGAUCACAAGCUUUAUCUCUGGACCCGAGCCAUCUGAUGGCAAGUGGGUUUGCAAAUUCCCAGAGUGCGACAAGCGGUUCGGACGCAAGGAAAACAUCAAAUCUCAUGUGCAGACACAUCUUGGCGACCGGCAGUUCCAAUGUGCGGUUUGCAAAAAGUGCUUUGUUCGGCAGCACGAUCUCAAGAGACAUUCCAAGAUACACACUGGCAUCAAGCCUUAUCCCUGCCUAUGCGGCAAUUCCUUCGCAAGACACGACGCGUUGACCAGGCAUCGCCAGCGUGGAAUGUGUAUUGGAGCAUUCGAGGGCAUCGUUAAGAAAGUUGCCAAGCGCGGCAGGCCGAGAAAAAAACCUUUGAACGAAGACGGAUCUGAGGAUAUGAAGAUGGAAAAAAACUCGGAUGGAAGCUCUGACCAAGAGCAAGAUAAUUCCUCUUCGUCAUCCUCGGGAUCAGAUGUGUCGGAUCCCCGUACACCAACCGCAUUGGAUUGUGUCAGUCCUCCGCCUGGCACUCCGAACUUCGACCAGGACCAAUACGAUUCUUCUGCGUCGUCGGCCGGGCGCUCGGUGAAGGAAGAGUCUCCCGAACUUCACCGCCCGUAUUCGCCAGACGAUUACACGCCUCCAACCUCUCCGCCGGAGCUGUACGAAUUCGAACACUUCAUCCCGAAGUUGGACGGAAGCAAGCGGAACUCCUGUGCAUCAAGCUCCUUACCCGAUGAAGAUUUCAAGCCUGAAGAUUUCAAGCCUCGCGACUUCGAUUACUCGGAACUUGGGCUACCAAACCCAGGGCACGAUAAUGGAAAGUAUGGAUCAACCAGUGAAUAUUCAUCGGAAGAAUUUUCGCAAGCGAGUGUUCAUGGGGAGGACUUCAUGUUUUCGCAAGAAGGACUAGACAUAUUUGGCCUCUCGGCGCUGGAGCGGGACCCUGGCAUUCUGGAACUGGCUGGUGAGGACAUAUACAUUAAGCCUGAACUGCUAAGUAACCCUUAGAUUCACGGUGCAAUUUAUGAGACUGGUGGAUGGUGACAGGCGGCGAAGGGGUGUGGUUUGAGGACGGACAGCACGGUGAGUGUUU